CCCCGUGAGAAAGAUGGUCGUAGCUCGGUGCUUGGGGUGGGUGCUGCUCGUCCACCAAACUCUCCUGGUGGCUGUCUGGGACCCGAGCAAACUCCCACCGAGUCCACUGGACAAGUCGGAGUUCGACUACAUCGUGGUUGGCGCCGGUUCUGCGGGUAGUGUGGUUGCAAGUCGCCUCAGCGAAGACCCCAACGUCACCGUCCUUCUCCUGGAGGCCGGGGAAGUGGACUCUCAGACGGAGAUACACGUCCCGCUGGCUUACGUGGACCUGCAGCUGAGCCCCGUGGACUGGGCCGAGCAAACGGUGCCCCAGAAACACGCCUGUGGCGGUCUGGAGGGGCGACGAGCGAGAUGGCCGCGGGGAAAGGUACUCGGUGGAUCCAGCUCCAUUAACGCCAUGAUAUACGUGAGGGGAAACCGUGAGGACUACGAUCGCUGGCGGGAGAUGGGCGCGGAGGGCUGGAGCUACCGGGAAGUUCUCCCGUACUUCAAGAAAUCGGAGGAUUUCAGAGGUCGCGGAGAUGACGAAUUUCACGGUACUGGUGGGUACUUGACUGUUAGUCAGUCGACUCAGUUCCGGACGCUGGCUGCGAGGAGUUUUGUAGAGGGAACGAAAGAGCUGGGUUACGAGGAGGUAGACAACAACGGGCGGUCCCAGUUGGGAGUCAGCUUCCCGCAGUACACAAUCAAAGACGGCUGGCGUUUGUCAACCGCUCGCGCUUUCCUUCACCCGGUUCGCGGUAACAGGGAGAAUCUGUAUGUGGUGACAGGGAAAUCGGUCCGGUCGCUGUCCUUUGCACCAGGAGCAUCCCCGACAGUGGACGGAGUUAGAGUGGUCGACACUAAAGAUUGUGCCAACGGAGAAGAAAAGGUGGUAAAGGCUCGAAGGGAGGUCAUACUUACUGCCAGUACAGUUGGGACGACAAAGAUCCUUUUACUAUCUGGUAUAGGUCCAAAAGGCCACCUGGAAGACGUUGGGAUCCCUGUCAGGGCUGAUUUACCAGUCGGGGAGAACUUGCAGGACCAUAUCAUGGUCCCUGUGGGGUAUGUGGCUCCUAGGAUCCCCAUAAACGAGACCAUUUCUCUAUCGGAGCAGCACGCCAGUGAGUCCGGCAGAGGCACACGCGUUCCUGGACACUGGCGUCGAGGACGAGAGAAUCGCCCCCGAUUUAGACAUCAUCUUCUUCGGAGGAAAAGCCGCCCCGAAGCACAUGAAGAACAUCAACGUAUCGCCGGAGGAGGCACGGCGAAUGUUUGGAGAGGGAGCAAUGGAUGAGACUGACAUGGUUGGUUACUCUUUUCUUCCAACCCUCCUCCACCCUACCAGCAGGGGAACCAUAAGACUCAACAAGACCUCGCCCCUGCAAUCUCCACUCAUUGACCCAAACUACUUGGCCGAUCCUCGCGACAUCGAAGUCCUACUCAAGGGCAUCAGGUUUGUUCAGAAAAUUGCAAAUUCAUCCGCUUUCAAUUUCUUCAAUUCGUACGGUGUUCGUCAACGGCUAAUGGCUUUCGGCAGUCGUCACCACACGGAUUCCGAC